AUGAUACUCUCCAAGCCAGCGUUCGUCAAGCGGCAUGCCGUGGCCAACAAGCUUCAGACAAGAGCGUUACUUAUUGCGGUCAACCUCGUUGCUGGCCUUUCCAUCUUCUUUUUCGGCUACGAUCAAGGUGAGACCGCUUCCCAGGUCCAAAUUCGCUGAACAGAAGACUCAUGCAGAUAUUAGGGGUGAUGGCCGGUGUCAACACUGCCCGAGAGUACGCAGAUCGUAUGAACUUCGGAUACUGGAACGAGCAGACCCGCGCUGUACAAGUGACGAAACCGCUAGUACAAGGAGGCAUUGUAGGCGGAACUCCUCCAUUUUCCUGGGCGAGUGUUUCUGAUUGAGCUCAACAGGUGGCAGUCUAUUACCUGCCAGGAACGCUCGUUGGUGCGUUAUGGGGCGGCUGGAUCGGCGAUAGGUAUGGCCGGAUCAAUGCUAUUGGAUUCGCAUGUGUCUGGACAAUCAUCGGCGCGGCUCUGCAGACGGCGGCAAUGAAUGCUGAAUGGAUGUUCUGUGCAAGAGUGUUCAAUGGCAUAGGUACCGGAAUACUCAACGCCAUAACACCCGUCUGGGCCACAGAAACGGCAUCGCAUACUUCUCGUGGGGCUUUUGUGUCCAUGGAGUUCACUCUGAACAUCUUUGGUGUAGUUGUGGCGUACUGGAUCGAAUAGUAAGUACUUCGGACUCUCCAAAGCAGCAAUGACAGCUCAUCAAAUUGGCAGUGGUACGUCCUUCUACGGCGAUGGAACCUCUUCGUUCAUUUGGCGCUUUCCAAUCGCAUUUCAAAUUGUGCCAUUGAUCGGUCUAUUCAUGGUGAUCUGGUUCAUGCCCGAAUCUCCCCGCUGGUUGGUGAAAGAAGGUCGCGAGGAUGAAGCCCGAUAUAUUCUAGGACGAUUGCGAGGAGAGCACGAUGAUGGCGAGCUUGCAGAAGCGGAGUUUCAGGACAUCCGCAAUGUCUGCUCCCUGGAGAAAGAGAACUCGAGCCAGCAAUCGUACUUGAGCAUGCUUUUCGGAAUCAAGACGGGGAAGCUUCACACUGCUCGGCGGGUCCAGCUUGUCGUAUGGCUGCAGAUCUUACAGGAGUGGAUUGGAAUUGCUGGAAUCACAAUAUAUGGACCAGAAAUCUUCACCAUCGCGGGCAUAAGCUCGCAGGAUCGUCAAUGGGUUGCCGGGGUUAAUAACAUCACGUAUAUGCUCGCCACGCUGGUUUGUGUCUUCACGAUUGACCGGAUCGGGCGUCGAUGGACGUUGUACUGGGGAGCUGCGGGCCAGGCCAUUUGCUGCUUCUGCGCAGGUGGACUUGCAUAUGCCACUGAGAGGGCCACAGGCGCCAGCAAAGAACACAUCGGUGGUGCCGCGGUGUUCUUCGUUUUCCUCUACACCGUGAGUGAAAUCAUUCCAGAGACUUCUUUUCAUGUCUGGAGCGCGUACUUACUUCUUACAAGGCGAUUUUCGGGGCCACUUGGUUAACGGUGCCCUGGAUCUUCCCAGCCGAAAUAUUUCCGCUGCAGAUUCGAGCACGCGGUAACGCAUGGGGAGUGGUUGGUUGGUCAAUUGGCAAUGGUUGGUGCACUCUUCUACUUCCCACCAUCUUCAAAAACCUGGGCGAGAAAACUCUGUACAUCUUCGGAGGCGUCAAUGUCUUCGCGAUAAUUGUCGUUUGGGCCUUGUAUCCAGAAACAAACCAAAGGACGCUGGAAGAAAUGAAUCUAGUGUUUGCCUCCAACAGCAUAUGGGUGUGGGAUGCAGAGAAGAAUUUUGCUGCUCUGAGAGAAGAGAAUCCUGCUCUGGUACAAGCGGCACGGCAAGGAAACAGCGUCGUUGCCGAGAAAGAGGCUGCAAGGAAAACGAGCUUGGUGACGCAUACAGAGCAAGCCGGAAAGGAUCUGGAAUGA